AACCACAUACCACCUUCGGGCGAGAGAAGAGAGGGUUGGAGUCCGGGACAGCUGAUCUCGCAACGAACUCGCGAGAACAAUGCACACCUUUGCAUGCCGGACCUUGCGACAAGCUCGCCCGCUGGGCUCGAGCUUGUCGGUGCGAGGGAUGGCGACUGAGAAGCAGGUCAUGAUGCGGAUCAACGCAACAAAAAACAUAUCUAAGAUCACGCAGUCCAUGAAGAUGGUUUCGGCUGCCAAGCUUCGCGGGGACCAGGCGCGGCUCGACAAGGCACAGCCUUUCAACGCAUGGACAGCGGAGCUCAACGAACCGCCCAUGGCGACGGAGGACGGUAUCGACACAUCCGGCUGGCCGCAGAAGAACCUUAUCGUGGCCAUUUCUUCUGACCGAGGCCUGUGCGGAGGUGUUAACUCGUUCGUCACUCGCGCCAUCAAGAAGAUGAUGAUCAGCACCAAGGAGCAGGGCAAGGAGACUACGCUUUUUGUUGUGGGAGAGAAGGGUCGCUCACAGCUGUCCCGCGUCCAUGCCGAUGAGAUGACGGCUGCUUGCACGGACGCGACGACGCCAAUGCAGUUCGGCAUGGCCACCGCCAUGGCCACGGAGGCCCUCAAAAACGACUUCGACACCAUGCACAUCGUGUUCAACGUGUUCAAGUCGGCUAUCGCGUAUGAAACUUCCAUCAAGAGCCUUCCUCACUUGGCCACGGAGGGAGGAGAAGAGCAGAUGGUCGAGUACGAAUUCGAGCCUGACACGAAAGAGGAAGUCAUGCGGGACAUGUACGAGUACCUUGUGGCCUCGCAGAUGUGGCACAGCUUGAUGGAGAGUGCCACUUCGGAGCAGUCGUCUCGCAUGAACGCCAUGGAGAACGCGAGCAAGAACGCGGGAGAAAUGAUCGACAGCCUUACCCUCAUCUACAACCGUGCUCGUCAGUCGCGCAUCACUACCGAGCUCAUCGAAAUCAUCUCGGGGGCAUCGGCGCUUGAGGAGGCCAAGUAGAAAAUGGUGCUUCUGUUAGGGUUUGGCAUCCAUGGCGACUUGAGGGUUCAGGAGGGAAGGGGGCGAUGGACGCACGAGGAUGGGCGAGAGCUAUGGCGUUGUAUUGUGUUCCCAAACGGGGAGUACCCUCGUGCUCGUCGUGCUGCAAAUGGCAAAGAUGCGUGUGGCGGUACACAACUGACGGGUUGCGUUUCGCGGUACGGGUUGUCCGAGGGUUCGCCUCAAAACUAGGCGUGCGCAGAAAACUUUGUGGUGCAGCAAGACAUGCAGGGAAACGUGUCUUCGCGUUGAUUUGAUUGCGUAUUGUAGUCUAAUAGCACGCUUGGUUUGUCUCGUCGACGGCGUCUUGUUUUACCUUAUGAUGCUUGGGCAUCGGUGUAGGCUCCAUAUAUGAUUUGGAGAAAACUUGUUCUCUGCGUUGCUGCUGCUGUUCUGGACGCGAAGAUAAUUUGCCGCUGAAGCAGUAAGAGGGAGAGCGAUGUGACCCCAAGAAUGGGUGGGUACGUCAGCGUUCUCAUGCGAUUCCUCUUGAACAUCUACCGCACAUCAUCUCGUGCAAGAUGAAAAUGUGCAUGACUCGUCUCAUCGGAAACUCGGAUCAUAGGACUAUUCCGCGCGGAUUUUGGACCGACCUCCUGGGACGCUGCAAGUAGCUACUAACAAGCCUUUGCGUGGCUCGCGCCGCUGCUGCACAUACAGUAGCGUUCCCUUCCUCGCGCCACACUUCUUCCUUCACGCUUGGGCAAUGGGCACAUUGCACUGCUGCAGGUAACCACUGCUACUCGGUUCUGGUACGCAAUACGUUAGUCUUAUCAAUCGACCUCCUUUCAGGCACCAUAAGAAGUAAGAACAACAACACAACAAGUGAAUCUUCCCAACUCCUUUUCCCCUCCAACCAUGAGAUACCAAACGGCGCCUCUUCCCGCCCAAUAACAACCAUGGCAACGGGGCAGGAAUCAGUUUCCGCCCCUGCGAAACAACACCAACGAUCAACUCUUCCGCUCUAAAUCAACAAUGGCCGCCGGGCAAUACCCCAGCACAACUCUGUUCCGUUUGGAAACAUGCACACACGUACGAUACCCCGUGGACGACUGCUUGCUGCAGUGUAUAUGCGAGAUGCACGGGUCACGCUAUGAAAGCGAGACCGAUCCUGCAUGGUUGACAUGCAUAGUCUAUAUAUGCACAUAUUUGCCAAUGUGACGCGCUGCGCUUUUGCGGGCGGAGGGGAGAGGCAGCACCAGCAGACACAGACACGCCCUUGACAUCAACCAUGGAAGGAGGAGCGAGCGGCAGCGCAGGAGCGGCGACGGCGGGUUUGUCCACCACGGUAGCGCCCGUUACCGCAGGCCAGGUAUUCUCCAGCCGCCAUGCCGCGAAGGUCGCCGUAGCCGCUGAGCUUGCUGCCACUGGCCGUUCCAUGAAGAAUGGAAAGGGUGCCGGUAGUCGGCAAAUUCACCUGGUUUGCAAGACUUGUACAAGUUGGGUUGUUAAAGGCUGCCUACAGAAGGAGGGUGAUUUCAAAAUCACCAAGGUAGAGGGCUCGCAUGUCG